GGAAGAGGCGGCGGCCGCUGCAGCCGGGGCGGGCGGCGUGAGGUGAGCGCCGGCCGGCCCCGCUGGGAAUAUGGCGACCGGUGGCUACCGGGCUGGCAGCGGCGGCAGUGGCAGCACCACCGACUUCCUGGAGGAGUGGAAGGCGAAGCGCGAGAAGAUGCGCGCCAAGCAGAACCCCCCGGGCCCGGCCGCCCCGGGCGGGGGCAGCGGCGACGCGGCCGGGAAGCCCGCGGCGGGGGCUCUGGGCCCCUCGGCGGCCGCCGUGGCCAACGAGCUCAACAACAACCUCGCGGGCGGCGCGGCCGCACCUGCCGGGCCCGGGCCCGGGGGCGUGAACUGCACCGGGGGCCCCGCGGCGCCGAGCCGGGCCGCCCCGGGCCCGCGGCGCCCCGAGGACGAGCCCCCCCCCGCCGCCGCCGCCGCCGCCUCGGGGUCCCCGCCGGCCCGGGGCGACCAGGAGGAGCGGGACGGCGCCCCGGAGAAGGGCAAGAGCUCGGGCCCCAGCGCCAGGAAAGGCAAGGGCCAGAUCGAGAAGAGGAAGCUGCGGGAGAAGCGGCGCUCCACCGGCGUGGUCAACAUCCCCGCCGCGGAGUGCUUAGAUGAAUAUGAAGAUGACGAAGCAGGGCAGAAAGAGCGGAAACGAGAAGAUGCAAUUACACAACAGAACACGAUGCAGAAUGAAGCCGUAAGCUUAUUAGAACCAGGCAGUUCGUAUUUGCUACAAGAGCCAUCUAGAACAGUUUCAGGAAGAUACAAAAGCACAACCACUGCCUCUGAAGAAGAUGUUUCAAGUAGAUAUCCCCGAACAGAUAGAAGUGGGUUCAGCAGAUAUAACAGGGAUGCAAAUGCUUCAGGUAAUUUGGUCUCAAGUAGCACAUUGGAAAAGAAAAUUGAAGAUCUUGAAAAGGAAGUAGUAAGAGAAAGGCAAGAAAACCUAAGACUUGUGAGACUAAUGCAAGAUAAAGAGGAAAUGAUUGGAAAACUCAAAGAAGAAAUUGAUUUGUUAAAUAGAGAUCUAGAUGACAUAGAAGAUGAAAAUGAACAACUAAAGCAGGAGAAUAAAACUCUUUUGAAAGUUGUUGGGCAACUAACAAGGUAGAAGCUUCAAGGCUCAGUGUGGAAAAAAAUUUUAAAACUACUGAUUGAAUGUUAUGGUUAAUGCUAGGACAAUAUUCCUAUGCUGCAAUACAUUAAACUAACUAAAUAUUGUAUAUUUAUUUCUUGAAAACAGUGGAUGUUUAUUUGCAAAAUAUUUCUUUUUCAUUAUUAGUUUCAAAAUGUCAACCUUUUAUUUCACGAAUAAGUAACAUCUUUCAGUUAUUAAAAUGAUAGGUUAUGCCUCUUUUGGUUUUGUGUGGUAUUCAAAUAAUAUGUGGUUUAAAGUCACAACCAUUUGAAUAUAUUUUAUCUGUGGUAGUGCAUUUUUCUCCCUAAAGUAAUAUACAUAGUCUUUGUUUACAUGAAUUUAAAUACUUUUGGGGAGUUACCUGCAAAUGCCUUAUUACUGAUGUGUGCAACCUUUUAUGUGUUGGUGAUUUAGUCAUAAAGGUCUUUGUCUACU